ACAACGCAGAGCUCCCCAUCUCCUUCCUCGGCAGCUGGCACGGUGGUUGUGGAAGAUGGCCUCGCCGGUUCACGACCGAAGGUGCGUCGAGGGAAUCGUUGCGCCGCCAACCGGAACAGGCGGCGACCCGCCGGUGCCGGCCAGGGACUGGUCGGUGCUGCCGCUGGAUGCCCUCGCGUCGAUCUUCGUCAAGCUCGGCGCCAUCAAGAUCCUGAUGGGCCCGGGCCUCGUGUGCCGCUCCUGGCUCCAGGCCGCCAUGCUGCCCGAGCUGUGGCGGUCCGUGGACAUGGCAUGGCACAGGGCGGUUGACGCCGAGAGAGUCGAUGUCCUGCGAGCCAUGGCGAAGGUCGCCGUGGACCGCUCCGGCGGGCGGCUGGAGGUGUUCAAGGGGAGGCGGUUCGUGACCGACGAGCUCUUGCACUACAUAGGGGAAAGGUUUGCACCUACCAACUCUCUGAAAGCUCGCCAUCCGAUGUACUCAUCUGACAACAUCGUCAACACAGGUCGCCAGCUCUGAAGACCGUCGGCCUCUUCUCAUGCCGCGGCGUCUCCAACCAAGGGUUCGCGCAGCUGAUCGCCAGGUGCCCUCUGCUAGAGGACCUCCACCUUGCUUUCUGCCAUAGGAUCGGCGGCCGUGAUGUCUACGAGGCUAUCGGCAGGGCAUGCCCGCGGCUCAAGCGCUUCAGGCUGGGCACGAGGAUGAUCGAAUCCUUGCUCGCUAGCUGUAGUGAUAGGCCCGGGGAAGCGCUCGGGGUUGCGGCGAUGCACGAGCUGCGGACCCUCGCCCUCGUCGGCAGCGCCGUCACCAACGACGAGCUCGCGUCCGUCCUCGACGGCUGCCCUCGCCUGGAGAGUCUCGACCUGCGCGACUGCUUCAACAUCGUCGCCGACGACGCGCUGCGGGCGAGGUGCGCCGGGAUCAAGUCGCUGGUGCUUCCUCCCCUCCGUCGCGAGGUUGAUGAUGAGGACGAGCACGAAACUUACUCCUACCGUGCUUCCGAUUUCGGCUUCGCCACCGAUUGUGAGAUGUAAUCCUUAAAUUGUGGACGCUGCAUGCGCCGCCUUAGCCUUGCUACUAGUACUAGCGUGAAUGCAACAACGGAAUUUAUCUGAAUGUGAAUUUAUCUGAA